AUGGGUGGGGUAGCAGGUGUGGGGCGGCGGUUUCAGGUCGUGGGGCGGCGGUUUCAGGUGUGGGGCGGCGGGUUUCAGGUGUGGGGUGGCGGGUUUCAGGUGUGGGGCGGCGGGUUUCAGAUGUGGGGCGGUGGUUUCAGGUCGUGGGGUGGCGGGUUCCAGGUGGGGCGGCGGUUUCAGGUCGUGGGGCAGCUGGGGGGUGGCGGGUUUCAGGUGGGGCGGCGGUUUCAGGUCGUGGGGCGGCGGUUUCAGGUGUGGGGCGGCGGGUUUCAGGUGUGGGUUGGCGGGGUUCAGGUGUGGGGCGGCGGGUUUCAGGCAGCGGGCGACGGGUUUCAGCAGGGCGACGGGGCGCCCUUCUAA